CUUUUCCGAUCUUUACGCACGGGGCGGGCCUUUCAUUCACCCUGGCUGGGGGUGUGGAGCUCUCAGUCAAAGACAAUCAAGGAUGUUUGAGUUUCCAUGCGCGGUGACCAGGGAGUCCUCGCCAAGAGAAAUCGGUCAUGCAAUGUGAUUUUUGCGCGUCGGAGAAAACGAGGAAAAACUAGAUUAGGACCUGUUGGCGGUGAUGAAUUACUCCAAGGCGCAGAUGUCGAACAUAUCAGAGGAGGGAAGUUCUGCCAGGUGUCCGCAGUCCAGUCCUGCUGGGGUGAAGCUGGAGGCCAUGAUGGGGCAGCUGCAGAGACAACAAGAAGCCAAGCUGGAGAUGAACCUGCAGGGGAAGCAACUCCUCCAAGCCCAGCUCCUGUUUGCUCAACAGGCGGCGGCAGCAGCGGCGGCACGAGCCUCCGGCUCCAGGCCGGACCCUUUGGUAUUUGCAAGUGCAGAGGAGAAAACUUAUCAAAAAGUCAAAGAAGCUUUUGCCGACCGUGUGAGGAGAACGGAUCCGCAGCAGGAUGAGGACUCGGAUGAGGACGAUCAUGAGAUGCUGGAUCCUGAGGAGAACAAUGGGGAGGACGGAGAGGAGCCCGGGUCUGACCCACAGGCCAGAAAACCUGCCGGACGCCAGCAGGCCGCACGUCUCCCCUUCCAGCCUUAUUCCACGUCUCCGCCGGCCGCUCCCGAGCAAACGUCCCAGUCUCCACCUGCUAACGUGAAACAGGAGCUUGAGGAGAAGAACCUGAUGUCUCCGGCCGGUCCGCACGCCUUCAUAUCGUCCAACGGUUUUCCUGACUGGGGCUACGAUGAGCCCUUCAAACAGCGAGAAAACAUCUGGGCCGAGGAGAGGGACGUGGGGAAAGUCAGAGGAGAGCCUUCCAGAGACUUUGCCAAGCUUUAUGAACUGGACAGUGACCCACAGCGGAAAGAGUUCCUCGAUGAACUCUUUGUCUUUAUGCAAAAACGAGGGACUCCUGUGAACCGCAUCCCCAUCAUGGCGAAGCAGGUGCUGGAUCUGUACAAGCUCUACAAGCUGGUGACGGAGAAGGGCGGCCUGGUGGAGGUCAUCAACAAGAAGAUCUGGAGGGAGAUCACCAAAGGCCUCAACCUCCCCACGUCCAUCACCAGCGCCGCCUUCACGCUCCGCACCCAGUACAUGAAGUACCUGUACCCAUUCGAGUGUGACAAAAAGGGUCUGAGUUCCCCGGGCGAGCUGCAGGCGGCCAUCGACAGCAACCGCCGGGAGGGGCGACGGCCCAGCUACACCAGCAGCCUGUACCGCUACUCCUCGUCUCCCAGCUCCGCUCCGCACCCACUCCUGUCUUCUCCCACCAUGCAAACAAAGCCGGCCACGCCGAACGGCCUGAACACGGCGGCAAGCCCAAAUUUAAAGAGAAACACAGACGAGCCCUCCACCCCGGUAAUACCCAGGCUGCCCAUGGCUCUGGCGCUGGGCCAGCAGCAGCAGCAGCAGCAGCAGCUGGCACAGGCGGCCACUCUAGAGCAUCUCAGAGAGAGGCUGGAGCGCGGAGCAGCUGGAGCCGCAGCCGGCAGCCCCGAGAAGAAGAUGAUGCGCCUGGCGGAGGAGCAGCAGCGCCUCAUGCAGCAGGCCCUCCAACAAAACCUCCUGGCGAUGGCCUCCCAGCUGAACCCCGGGAGCCUGAAACUCAACAACGGACAAGAAACCAAGCAUGACUUGUCCCUGAAUAUCUCUACGAAUGGACCCUCCAGUAUCAAUGUUUCUGUAGAGGUCAAUGGUACCGUUUACUCAGGAACCCUUUUUGCCCAGAAGUCGGCCGCGCCCGUGUCCUCGCAGAUGGUGACUCCUGCAGGAACGAGCGGCUUCAGUGCCCUCUCCUCCUCUCACAGUCCCUCCUCCUCGUCCUCCACCUCCUCAAAGGGACCAAAUUAAGGCCUCACUCUCCUGCAGCAGUUCUGCUCAGCAGUACACGAUAUACCUCUUCUCUUUUCAGACAAGCACUGUAUGAACGUCAGGGAAAAUCUACUCAAACACAGGAAGCAAGCCUUUUUUUUUUUUUUUUUUUUUUUUUCUUUGCGUGUUUUUUGUUACUUGGUCAGCAAAUGUGGUGAAAAUGAUUCUGGUCGGUGCCGAGUUAACACACUGAAGUUUAGAUGUUUAUCAGUUUACCUUAGUGCCUGUUAGAAGACUUUAUUAUUCACUCUCUCGUCUGAGAAGCUUUACUAUGUUUGAUCAGAAGUGUCUUUAGAGGAGGAAAUCUUGGUGAGGGUGACGUUCGCGCCUGUUCCGAGCGCCAGUUACAUUUAUUGCUGUCAGACUGUAGCUGCCUUUCUUCAUAACCUUCAGUAAAAUAAGGAAGUUGCCAAAUUGCAACUAUCAAAGACCAAAAAGCCUUAGCCCCAUAUCAUAGUUCUUUAGUUCAUUUGAAUUAAGUUGUUGCAGGUGUCAGGAAACACCAUCAGGUUUCCACAGAAGUGCUACUACUUCUGGAAAAAAAUCUAUAGAAAUUUCAAAAGAAAUUUGCUUUGUUUUUUUUUUAUUUUUUACUUUGGCGCAAUUUUAUUUUUAAUAUCACACGGCUUGGCCUCAAUGAAGCAUUUAUUUCAAAUGCCUAUAAAUGGAAGGCAGAACUGAAGCAACACAACAUUUUACCUCAGUGUAACAUUUUACCUCAUUUCAGAUCAGUUCUGUUUGGACUCAGGAAUACUCUCUGGACUUGUUAUGCUAUAUCUCAUAAUAUAUUGCUGUGUUUUUUUUUUUGUUGUUGUUUGUAUAAAUGCAGGGAAUGUACCUUUAAUUACCUCAGGCUUUGGACAUGUGAACACUGAAACACUCCUACCUCACUCUUCUAGAGAAAUAUGCAAUGUCGAAUCCUGCAUGUGUUCAUUUAACCAUCUGCUGGAAGAAAACAACGGUGUUUGUGGACAAUCAAGUAGACAUAUCACUGCAAACAAAAACCACUGUGAAGUUAACAAUGGUUAAAAAAAAAAAGAAAA